AUGGGCGGUGCCGGGGCGACCUGAGGUUCCCGGCGGCCAGUGCGUCGGCGGUGGUUGGGUGGUAAGAUGGCGGCUGUGAGUCUGCGGCUCGGCGACUUGGUGUGGGGGAAACUCGGCCGGUAUCCUCCUUGGCCCGGAAAGAUUGUUAAUCCACCCAAAGACUUGAAGAAACCACGUGGAAAGAAAUGCUUCUUUGUGAAGUUCUUUGGAACAGAAGAUCAUGCCUGGAUCAAAGUGGAGCAGCUAAAGCCCUACCAUGCACACAAAGAGGAGAUGAUCAAGAUUAACAAGGGCAAGCGCUUCCAGCAAGCUGUGGAUGCCGUGGAGGAGUUCCUAAGAAGAGCCAAGGGGAAAGACCAGGCGUCAUCCCACAACUCUGCUGAUGACAAGAAUCGACGUAAUUCCAGUGAGGAAAGAACUAGGCCAAACUCAGGUGAUGAGAAGCGCAAACUUAGCCUGUCUGAAGGGAAGGUGAAGAAGACCGUGGGUGAAGGAAAGAAGAGGUUGUCUUCAGGCUCCUCAGAGAGGGGCUCCAAAUCCCCUCUGAAAAGAGCCCAAGAGCAGAGUCCCCGGAAGCGGGGUCGGCCCCCAAAGGAUGAGAAGGACCUCACUGUCCCCGAGUCUAGUACCGUGAAGGGAGUGAUGGCCGGACCAAUGGCCGCUUUUAAAUGGCAGCCAACCGCAAGUGAGCCAGUUAAAGAUGCAGACCCUCAUUUCCAUCACUUCCUGCUCAGCCAAACAGAAAAGCCACCUGUCUGUUACCAGGCAAUCACGAAGAAGUUGAAAAUAUGUGAAGAGGAAACUGGCUCCACCUCCAUCCAGGCCGCAGACAGCACAGCGGUGAACGGCAGCAUCACGCCCACAGACAAAAAGAUAGGAUUUUUGGGCCUGGGCCUCAUGGGAAGUGGCAUCGUCUCCAACUUGCUAAAAAUGGGUCACACAGUGACUGUCUGGAACCGGACUGCAGAGAAGUGUGAUUUGUUCAUCCAGGAGGGGGCCCGCCUAGGAAGGACCCCCGCUGAAGUCGUUUCAACCUGUGACAUCACCUUUGCCUGCGUGUCGGAUCCGAAGGCGGCCAAGGACCUGGUGCUGGGCCCCAGUGGUGUGUUGCAAGGGAUCCGCCCCGGGAAGUGCUACGUGGAUAUGUCAACAGUGGACGCAGACACAGUCACCGAGCUGGCCCAGGUGAUUGUGUCCAGGGGGGGCCGCUUUCUGGAAGCCCCCGUCUCAGGGAACCAGCAGCUGUCUAACGACGGGAUGCUGGUGAUCUUAGCGGCCGGAGACAGGGGCUUGUAUGAGGACUGCAGUAGCUGCUUCCAGGCCAUGGGGAAGGCCUCCUUCUUUCUGGGUGAGGUUGGCAACGCAGCCAAGAUGAUGCUGAUCGUGAACAUGGUCCAGGGAAGCUUCAUGGCCACCAUCGCCGAGGGGCUGACCCUGGCCCAAGUGACAGGCCAAUCCCAGCAGACGCUUUUGGACAUCCUCAAUCAGGGACAGUUGGCCAGCAUCUUUCUGGACCAGAAGUGCCAAAAUAUCCUACAGGGGAACUUUAAGCCUGAUUUCUACCUGAAAUACAUUCAGAAGGAUCUGCGCUUAGCCAUUGCGCUGGGCGACGCCGUCAACCACCCCACUCCAAUGGCAGCUGCAGCCAAUGAGGUGUACAAAAGAGCCAAGGCCCUGGACCAGUCGGACAACGAUAUGUCUGCCGUGUACCGAGCCUAUAUACACUGAGC